AUGACAGAGCUCCUCUUCCAUUCUUUAGUGCCAGUGCACAGGCGUUCAGGCGGAAUCCACACCACUCUCUCACCUGGCAUGAUUAUCCGCACAAAGCGUGCUGCUUGCUGGCCCUCUGGCAUGAAGAGCCCUCUCCGCAGGGCUCUGCAUGGCUACGAAAGCUAUGAAUAUACUAUGGUCCCUCUGCACUUGAACAUACCUGUGGUCACAGUGUUUGUGCUGAGCUGCAUGUGUGCCGCGCCGCUGCAAGGCCAGAAGCCGGGCCAGGUUGACCCACUGACGGCCCACCGGGCAAACCCGCAGUGCUGGGACUCCUCCUCGGCUUUGCUGCUGGAGAUGCGUACCCCGAGGAUCGCUGACACGGUGCCCGCCUUCUGGGACCUGAUGGUGUUCCUCAGGUCGUCAGACAACAACAAACACGCGGAGCUGUUCUGGGACCUGGCCCAGCUCUUCUGGGACAUCUAUGUGGACUGCGUAAUGUCCAGGAGUCACGGUCUGGGGCGACGACACAUCACUGAGGUGCACUCCCUCAUCACUGACAGUAAGUGUCCAGUGCACCUGUAA